AGUGUGGAGGCGGGAGCCGCGGCAGCCGGCUUGGAACUCCGUGCGCGCGGGCCUGGAGCUGCGCCCCUCCGUCUUUUCCCGACUUCUGAUCCGCGGAGGGGCACUCGGAGCCCCAGCCUGGGUCGCAGUGCCUUAGGCCUGCGGGCCUCAGUUUCUCGGUGGCGCUUGGACUCUCGCCCUCGGAGGGAGGCCCGUCCCCCGGUCUCUGGCUGCGGAUCCCUGGACCCUCUUCGCGGGCGCUUCGCGUAGCGGCGGAUUGCCUCGGAUGGUGGCCUGCGACUGACAGUCCCUCAGCUCUUCUCAGCUCUCCUGAGGCUGCAGCUGUCAGCUCCCUGAUCCUCAGCACUUGCCUGGACCAGUGCGGGUCUGCCACACCCUGUUCAGCCAUCCCUGUACUGUUGUGUCGUGCAAGCCACGUCUGUCCGCACCCUGCCCCCUGUGCUGGCUCUCCUCUCUUCUCCCCUCUGCUCCCAGCAUGCCUCGCGGCCGUUGCCGUCAGCAGGGCCCUCGCGUUCCCAUCUGGGCAGCCGCCAAUUAUGCCAACGCACACCCAUGGCAGCAGAUGGACCAGGCCUCUCCUGGGGUGGCAUGCACCCCCCUUGUGGAUCCCUGGAUUGAGCGGCCCUGCUGCGGGGACCCUGUGUGUGUGCGGACGAUCAUGGAGCAGAAGAGCACAGCUAGUGGUGCUCCUGGCAGUCAGCUCGCAGAAAGGGGUCCUCUAGCGGGGUGCAUGCCCAGCCCCCGACCCCGCAGGGUGGACUUCUGCUGGGUGCCAGGCUCGGACCCAGGCACCUUUGAUGGCUCCCCAUGGCUACUGGACCGUUUCUUGGCCCAGCUGGGUGAUUACAUGUCCUUCCGCUUCGAGCACUAUCAGGACAACACCAGCCGUGUCUACGAGAUCCUUGGGCGCCUGACAGGCCGAGCCCGGGCCUGGGCAGCCCCCUACCUUGUUGGGGACCUGCCCCUGCCUGACGAUUACGAGCUCUUCUGCCGGGAUCUCAAGGAGGUUGUUCAAGACCCGAACAGUUUUGCUGAGUACCACGAGGUGGUUCCCUGUCCCCUGCCCCUGGCCUCCAGUCGGCCUCCAGCGUCCCCUCAGCUGCCUGCAGUGAGGCAAUACUUAGCUAGGUUCUUGGAGGGCCUGGCACUCAACAUGGGUACUGCCCCCAGGGCUUUACCAGCGGCCAUGGGCACCCCUGCUGUGUCUAGGUCCAGCUCUAUAUCCAGAAGUGCUCUGCCUGAGCAGCAGCUGACCAAGGAGAGCACUCCUGGACCCAGGGAGCCCCCAGUCCUGCCCAGUUCUGCAUGUAGCUCCAAGCCUGGUCCUGUGGACCCAGCCUUCUCUCAGCCAGAGGAGGCAGCCCCAACACCUGUCCCUAGACUGUUGGAGUCAGCUAAUUCUUCUGCCCAGAGACCAGACCCAGCUCACCCAGGGGAUCUGAAACCCUGGAAAACAGAGAAGGAGACUUCGGAGACAGAGGGAGACCAGGAGGUAUCCUCAGGUACCCCACAGGAGGUGGUGGGGGCCCCGGAGACCCCAGGAGAGCCACCACUUUCUCCUGGGUUCUGAACGCAACCCAGGCGGGAGCAAUGCUGUGCCUCGUGAUGAAGUGGCCUGUGUGGCUCUAGAGCCCCUUAGUCCCCUGUCAUAGGAGAGUGGCAUCCCCAGAUGAUUUCAGACGGCCCCAUAGCUGGGCAAGGUGUGCUUGUUUUGGACUUUGCCCUAAGCAGAAAUAGCUCCCCCGACCCCAGCAGAGCUUGUCCUCCGCCCUGUGCCCUUUCCCUGCUCCCGCUGGCUGUCAGCUGCGUCCCUGCCCGUCACCUGGGAGUGCCGUCUCGCCCAGGCCUGCUCCCACGAGGGGGUCAUUUUGUAGAUCAACUCCCAGCAGGUACUUGCAUCAUCUUUGUCACCUCCACCCCCACAAAACACCCCCCUUGGUGUCUUCCACACUGGCUGGGACUGAACUGGGUCUGCCACAUCUGCCCUGUUGGGAUCUGGUUCCUGUUUGGGUCUCUGUGUGUCCCCCUAACCGCACCAUCUCUGCUCCCUGUGACUUCUGUGCCAGCUGGAAUGUGAGGAAGGCUGCCGGGAGGAAGUGGCAACUUCGAUUCUGCUGGAUGAGUGGGAUGGCAUCUUGGCAGAGAAUGAUGUUUCCUGUGGGUUUACCAGCAGUCCUAGUCAGCUGGGAGGUUUGGAUGCAGGAAGAUGGGAUGCAAGCCCCUUGUUAAGCUUAGCUGCAGGCAUUCUCCCUUCAUUUGUUAGCACUCAAGUCAUGCCUGGUGUUCUGAAGCAGCUUUCUCUUCCCUGCUGCUGUGCUGCUGUCCCCUGCGCACUCCCGUGCAUAGCCCAUUCAGCAAUUAACCCCAGUGAUGUAAAUGACUUGGAUCUCCCUCCUGGCAGACUGACCCUCUAGGGCAGGGGCUCUGUCUUAGUCAGCUAUGUGGCUUGGUACACAAUUGGUGCUCAUUAAACUGUUGGAUUACUGGCUGAGCCUGUGGUGCAGUGGCUGCCAACCAGUGAGUCCCCGUUUCCAUUCUCUCAGGAGCAGAGGCCUGGUCAUGAACAUUCCAGGUCAGCAUUGCAGGUGUGGCUUCUAGCAGGGGAUUUGAGGGUCCAAGAGUCUGAUGGAAGGAGCUGGGGCUGAGUAGGUGGGGCUGGGUGCUCGGCAGGUGGAGAACUGUGAAGUGAGGACCAGGCAGCAAUCCAGAGCUGUGAGGCCCCAGGCCCAGAGGAUUGGAAUGAAGAAAGACCUGUUCCGCACAAGGAGGGGUUUUCUAGUGGAAGCUGAGCUUGGAAGCUCCUGGAGCCAAGUUUACCACAGGAUGGGCAGGUACAGCCGCCCAGUGUGUUCAGUGUGUGCCCACUUUGGUGCCUGGACAAGAAUUUCAAGCCUCUUUCAGUUUUAUGAUUGUGAAAACAACAAAACAACACCUUCCUAAAAAGUAGGAAGGAAAAGCAGAAAUGUGAAUUGAAAAUACAGCUAACUAUUUUAGGAAAAACUCAUUAUCAAGCAUCUGAUUAAACUUACUCAGAAACUGACUGGGCACAGUGGCUCACACCUGUAUGUCAGGUGGAUCACCUGAGGUCGGGAGUUCGAGACCAGCCAGACCAACAUGGAGAAACCCUGUCUCUACUAAAAAUACAAAAUUAUCCAGGUGUGGUGGCACUUGCCUGUAAUCCCAGCUACUUGGGAGGCUGAGGCAGGAGAAUUGUUUGAACCUGGGAGGCACAGGUUGCAGUGAGCCAAGACCAUGCCAUUGUACUCCAGCCUGGGUAACAAAAGUGAAACUCUGUCAAUAAAACAAAACAAACUUAGAAAAAUAGAAAUUGUUGGGAUUAUUUUAUUUGGUAAUUAUCACUAGGAAAGGCUCUGGGUUCAGAUGGUUUUAUGUGUGAGUUAUUUCAGGGCACAAAUACCGUGUAGAUAAAACAGCUGGAAACCUUGGAAAUAGGUGGGAAGCUAUAGUUAGAAAGUGAGUAUAGCCCCUGUAGCAAAGCAAGUAAGCUGGCAGAAGAAACCCAUGUUCAGUCUUGAUUUUGGUCAGAUGUGGGAAGUCCAGGACGUCCUUGCCCAGUCCCCUGCUUCUGUGCCAGGUCACACAGCUGCCCUCUAUCCAAUGGCUCAGGCCCCAGCCUGAGGGGUCAGGUUAGACUGCUCUCCCAUGCCUGCCUCCGGUGCACUGUGGCCUGGCUUCCCAGUGGGUCUGGCAAUAGAACCCAGAGUUGCCCUCUGGGAUGGACAGGCUAGUUACCCAGCUGACCCUUACCCCAUCCCACAGGCUUCUGGGCAGGCCACCUUCCUAUCUCCCUUUAGUGGACCUGAAGUGGAUCCUUCAGCCUGGGAUUGCUGCCUUCUCUUCUGAACUCUGUCCUACUGGGGCUUUGGGUUUUUUCUGCUCUUGAGACCCAGGCAGCUCCUGGGGAUGUGUGAGUUAUGGUCUGCCAUGUGUCUGAGGGCCAGUCGCACAGCAUUAGCCUUCCCAGGCUUGAGAGCCCAUGGGAGAGUCCAGGUGACCUGGUUUUUAAUUUGUAAAAUGGGUCCUGUUCAUUGUGGUUGGGCUCUCUCUAGAAAGGAAAGCAGGGUCUUAAAGUGGUGAUGUCCAGGUUUCCUGCACAGGUAGGGUGGAGGCAGGGAUGGGCUCCGGCACGGCAUUCCAGACAGGCAGUACACGGCCCCUUGCAGAGUUGCUUUGUUGCCAGCUGCUGCAGCACCUGCUUUCAGACAGAGAUGACAGAGCUGCUUUCCUGCUCCUUGGGGAGGGAGGUGCACCAAGGGCCAGGAGAGGAGGCACUCUCCCUGGGUUGUUUGUCUCUCCUGGCCCCCACUCACUGACAGACCCGAAGCGGGGGUGCUCAGGAGUCACAGAACCUGGCAGGGUUUGCUGGGUGUGCUCAGGGACAGGCCAUGGUGCUGGCCCUGCUUUCCAAUCAUGGUGUCUGUCCCUCACUUCCCUUGGAAAUACCGGAGAUUUUAUUUCCUGAAGAUAGGACAUGACGGGUGCUAUGAGAGGGUGUUUAAAGUACCUGUCUCCAAGGAAAACUUUAAAAUAGGAAGUUGUAAGGAUGAGGUCCUAUGGGAUAUUGGAAUAUUUUAUAAAGCUACAAUAAUUAAAAUACUUAGAUGUUGUGGACAGAUGAGCAGAGAAUAGAGAACUUUGAAACAGGGCCAAAUAAAUAGGGAGAUUUAAUACAUGCUAGAGGUGUUUCCAAUUAAUGAGGGUAAGAUUGAUUAUUCAGUUGGCCCUCUGGAAAUAAAGCCAAGUGCAUGCCUCACUCUUUAUGUCAGUAUGUAUUCUAGAUGGAUUAAAGAUUUCAGUGUUAAAAUUAUGAAAGUACUAGAGGGAAAUAUGGGUGAAUUUUUUUGGCCUGUGAUUCCAGGAUUUAAAAAGUUUUAGAUGCCCAGAGUUGUGGAGGUAUGGAGAAGUGGGCCUUCUCAUACUAUUGGUGGGAGUAUACAGUAUUACAAUUUGACCACAUAAGGUGUGUGUUCUAGGAACACACAUGCUGUGACUGCUUGCUAGGUGCCUGAAGGCUCUUGCCAGGGAUGGUCAUGAUUUGGUGCCACUACAUGGGGGUUGAGAGCAGGGAUUGGAGGUUGGCCUUGGCUUCUCCCCUCCCCUCAUGAGCUGAGGGUCCUCACCUGACCUUUUUGAGUUGGGAACAUAGUGUUUCAUCAUGGGGUGGUCAGAAGGUUUGAAUGAGAAUGGUGCCCAUGCAUCGCCUUGGCUGGGGUCUAGGCCCUCUGACACCCACCUUGUGGGUGUCACUGUUUUUUGAACAGCAGAACUGGAAAAGCCCAAAGAUCCAGCAAUAAAGGAGCACGGCAAAUAAAACUGUUACCCUGCAGGAUCAGUCGGCAUGAGCCAGACUGUGCCGCAGUAACAAAGAUCUCCAGCGGUAGUGCUACAGUUGACACUGCUUAUUUCUUGCUCACACCUGGCGGCCACCAUGGAUGGAGCCUGUCAAACCUGUGCUGACAAGAGCCUACCUGGACAUAUUUCUCCGUGCUCACUGAGGCAGGGGAAAGACCACAGCAGGCCACAAGUGAUGUGUGUCACCCCGCUUCCAUUUCUGUGGCCAAAGGAAGCCACAGAACCACACCUGAGUUCCAUAGGACGGGAGCAGCUGAUCAUCCUGUGGGCCGGGGUGCUCAGUAUGAAGUAUGAGCAGCCACCCAAUGCGGGGCUGGUUGGUGCUGCUGCUAAGGAUGGGAGGAUGGCCUGCAUCCAUCCCAGAGCAACAUACGCGUUUGUCUGCUGGGGCUGCCUGACAAAGGACCACAGGCCGACGGGCUUAAACAGCAGACAUUUAUUUCCUCAUGGUUCUGGAGCUGGAAGCCUGAGAUCAAGGUGUGGGCAGGGUUGGUUUCUCCUGAGGCCUCACUCCUUGGCCUGCAGAUGUCCACUUUCUUGUCGUGUCCCUGUCUGUGUCUGUGCCCUAAUCUCUCGUGACGUCACCAGUCUAUGAGAUCAGCGCCCACCCAUGAACUCAAUGAACCCUGAAUUACCUCUUUAAAGACUCUGUCUUCAAAUAGAAGUACUAGUGGUUAGGACUUGAACAUAAUAUUGGGGGGACACAGUUCUGCUCACAGCAGUGCCCGAGAUGGGCUUCUCUGGUUUUAUCUUUGCUGUUCCUGACAGUGCUAUCUUGAGCAGGCCGUGUUCUCCACAUGCCUGUCCCCCAGGCCCUGGGUUCUGGGGCCAUACUGAGGCACGUUGGAUGGCCAAGCCUCAGCUAUUGAGUGGGCAGUGCCUGGUUGUGCUGUACGCGACACUCUGUUUCUCACUUAAGAAAUCUUUCCCUACCUGGGGGUACAAAGCAUUAUCCUGUAUUCCCAGGUUGUAACUUUUUGCCUUUGACAUUCAACCUCGAGUGCACCUGUAAGUGUAACUGUGGUGGGAGGGAGGGGUCUACUGUCAUCCUUGAGAGCCUGCGAUGAGCAGAGCCCCUCUGCCGACUGCGAUGUACAUGUAAUAUGAGCAAGAAAUAAAUUUUUGAUGUGUGAA